AUGUCACAAGAAACAGAUCAUGAGAGAAUACCAUUACUUCGAAGACCUUUUUAUAAUCUGAAUUAUAUACCAAAUAAUAAUAAUAACCGUCGAUCUUUUAACUUAUUAAAAAUUUUGGGAUUUGGAUUUAUAGUUGUAACAAUAUUAUUGCUGUCAAUUAAUUUGGCUUUUUUCUUUAUUGAAUCAAACGAAGCAAUUUUACCAAAAGGAGAUUCUAAAAUUCCUUACGAAUAUUAUUUAGGAUUAAGAAAGAAUGAUGGUCGGAUAGGAUCCAAUAAAUUUGAAUACGUUAUUGAAACUUCACCACAAAGUGAUGCAAAAUUAUCAAAAUUAUUUAUUGAUAAAGAUGAGAAUGAUUUCAAUUCAUCCAUAAUAGCAGAAAUCGUAUCUAGAAGUUAUAAAUCAUGGUCUCCCGCUUAUUAUGAAGUUAGAGAAAAUAGAAAUAGUAGUUCUAAAAAUUUUACAGUAUUAACAACACAAUCACACAUGAGUGGAUUAUGGUUUGUCGUAUGGCCUCCGAAAGUUUAUAUUUCUUUUGUAACAUUAGAUGAUGAUGAUAAAGAGAAUAAUAAUGAAGAAAGGAAAACGAGAUUUUUUAGAGAUAAAACCGGUGAUCUUGAAAAGCUUUUGAGAUGUGAAUUUGAAAUAAGAUGGGAUUAUAAAUAUUUUGGCGAAAUUUAUCGUAAAUGUUCAAACAAAGAUGUUUGGAAAAAAGUUGCUUAUGUUAAGGGAUCUAGUGAAUGGGGCAUGCAAUGGCUUGAUCCGGAGAGGGUUGAUACAUAUGGUAUCGUUACUAAACCUGCCUACGGAAGAGACGGGCAGAUGAGGAAUGUUAUGUUUAGUCCUGAUUCGCCAUUUCCACCCAUUAUUCCUGCUUUGUACGUGGCAUACUUUGAUAGAAUUAUUGACGGAGGAGAACUAGAAGGACGAAAAUUUUAUUAA